AUGAAAAUGAUUCGUGGCAGUAGUCAAACCUGCCGCCCGUCCGUCGCAGCAGGAGCUUGGUCCUCUAGGUUCACCGCCCUCGGACAGCUGGCAUGGUUCCUGGUGCCGCUGCUUAUCGGCAGCUGUUUGAUCGAUCAGACACUGGGUCAAACUACUGCUGAGGGAGGAGGCGGUCAGUGCGUGUGGUACGGCAUCUGUAACGUGGACUACCUGGGACGAUCCCAGUACUGUCCGUACAAUGGGACGGCGAAACCCGCGGACAACCAGGCGAAGGACCUGCUGAAGGUCUGGUGCUCCCAUCUGCUGACCGAGGAUGCUUCGGGCAACGUAAACACGUGCUGUGACUCGAAACAGGUUGCCGUGUUGAACAAAAAUGUUGGUCUUGCCGCAAACUUCCUCGCCCGGUGUCCUUCGUGCAUGGCCAAUCUGGUGCGGCACAUGUGCGACUUUACCUGCAGUCCACAGCAGGCGAGCUUCAUGAAGGUGGUCUCGACCGAGGAGGUCGAACCGAAGGAUGAACCGGCCGGUGGCGACGAGGAAAGCGACGGGUCCACCAGCACUACCACUAGCGCCCCGGCGCCCAAGGAGUACAUCACGAAGAUCGAUAUUCACAUCACGCAGCAGUACCUAAACGGAACCUUCAGUUCCUGCAGCCAGGUGUCGGUACCGUCGACCGGUCAGCUGGCGCUCGAUCUGAUGUGCGGUGACUGGGGAGCAUCGCGCUGCAGCCCCACGAAGUGGUUCCAUUACAUGGGGGACGCCCAAAACAAUCUGUACGUCCCUUUCCAGAUUGACUACGUGGCGCACAGCUCGACCAACGAAACCAUCGACGGUUACCUCCCGUGGAACCCACGUGUCGUUCCUUGCCGUGAGAAAUUAAAUGAUGAUACUCCGGCCUGUUCGUGUGUGGACUGCGAAGCGUCCUGUCCGAAGCCACCGGCACCACCAGCCCCACCACAGCCGUUCGUGAUCUACAACCUGGACGGCUACGCAGUGGUCAUGUUUGUGGUGUUUGUCGUCUGCAGUGGGCUCUUCCUAAUCGGUGCCUGUUUCUGCCACUCGAGUGCCACUGGCAGCGCUGGAGCAAAACUAUUGGUUGAUGGUGGUGACACUCUGCCGUCGGACCUGCGGGCCCACGUGGGCCGCAGGUUGGCCGGUGGCAUCUCCUCUAACAGUGGCGAUCUGGGCACGGAUCGGGAAGACUCACCCCUACAGUCCAAGCGAUCGAGUGCCACGUGGGACGGUGAACAAGAGCUUCGACCCCAUCCUUCCGGCCCGGGAGCCGACGAUGAUGAGGACGAGUCUGGUUACUUCGAGCGGCUUGGAGCGAAAACCGAAACGGCACUGGAGCAGUUCUUUACCGCGUGGGGUACGACCUGCGCCAAGCACCCGUGGCUAGUGCUACUAGGAGGACUGGUUUUCAUCGUGACCAUGGGCAUGGGUAUACACUUUCUGCGCGUCACAACCAAUCCGGUGGAACUGUGGGCAUCACCGUACUCGCGAUCGCGUGUCGAGCGGGAAUACUUUGACUCCGCCUUCGAACCGUUCUACCGCAUCGAGCAAAUCAUCAUCAAGGCGGAAAACAUCAGCAACGUCAUGCACAACACCUCGAACGGUGUGAUCGAAUUCGGGCCCGUGUUCAACCGUCAGUUCCUGCUCGAUGUCUUCGAGCUGCAGGAGCAGAUCAAGAAGAUACAGGCUCCGGGACUCACCGAUAACGCUACCACGAUUGGCCUGAAGGACAUCUGCUUCGCGCCGCUUAACUCGGCCUUUUCGGGUCCGGUCAAGACGGAGGACUGCGUGGUGCAGUCGCUGUGGGGUUACUUCUCGGAUGAUAUGGACAACUUUGAAGAAGAGGAAGAGGAUGCCCAGGGCUUCGUGGUGAACUAUUUGGACAAGUUGGUGCAAUGCUUCGGAAACUACUACAACCCUGCCUGCCUUGCGCCGUACGGGGGUCCGAUUGAUCCCGCCAUCGCACUCGGUGGCAUACCGCAGCCGAGCUCGCCGGACGAGAAGCCCAAGUACGCCCAAGCUGGGGCCGUUAUUCUUACGUUCCUGGUGCGCAACUAUCAUGACAAGGGAAAGCUACAGUCGGCCCUUGCCUGGGAAAUGGAGUACGUAGCGUUCAUGAAAAACUGGACGCGGCCGAACAUGAGCAUCGCGUUCACUUCGGAGCGAUCGAUCGAGGAUGAGCUGGCGCGCGAGUCGCAAUCGGACGUGUCGACCAUCCUGGUGUCGUACAUCAUCAUGUUCGCUUACAUUGCCAUCUCGUUGGGCCACGUCAAUCAGUGGAGCCGGGCGAUGAUCGACUCGAAGGUCACGCUCGGCCUCGGCGGUGUGGCUAUCGUUUUGGCGUCCGUCGUCUGCUCGGUUGGAUUUUUCGGCUACAUAGGCGUGCCGGCCACGCUCAUCAUCGUGGAGGUGAUCCCGUUCCUGGUGCUGGCCGUCGGUGUCGAUAACAUUUUCAUUUUGGUGCAAACGCACCAGCGGGACACGAAGAAACCGACUGAAACGCACGCCGAGCACAUUGGACGCAUUCUGGGCCGUGUCGGCCCUUCGAUUCUGCUGACGUCGGUGAGCGAAAGUUGCUGCUUCUUCCUCGGUGGCCUCUCCGAUAUGCCGGCCGUACGGGCGUUUGCUUUGUAUGCCGGUAUGGCACUGUUGAUCGACUUCUUCCUGCAGAUCACGUGCUUCGUCAGUCUGCUUGCACUCGACACGAUCCGUCAGGCAGACAAUCGGCUCGAUGUGCUGUGCUUUAUGCGGGGAUCCAAGAAGGACGCACCCGGAAACAUCAGUGAAGGGCUGUUGUACAAGUUUUUCAAGAGCAUCUACGUGCCGUUCGUGAUGCGCAAAUCGGUCCGCGUGGCGGUAAUGAUCAUUUUCUUCGGCUGGCUCUGUUCGAGCAUUGCGGUCGCACCGCACAUUGACAUCGGGCUCGAUCAGGAACUGUCGAUGCCGGGCGACAGUUUCGUGCUAAAGUACUUCCGCUAUCUGCAACAGUACCUGAGCAUCGGUCCGCCGGUGUACUUUGUGGUGAAGCAUGGACUGAACUACUCCACACCGCACGACCAGAACCUAAUAUGCGGUGGACAGUACUGUAAUCUGGACAGCAUGUCGACACAACUCUACAUUGCCAGCAAGCAACCGCAGUCCACGUAUUUGGCCCGUCCACCAUCGUCUUGGUUGGAUGACUACAUCGACUGGUCGGCCGCUCCUACCUGCUGUAAACAGUAUGCGAACGGAAGCUUCUGUCCUCAUCAGAAGAGCGCCUGUUCAUCUUGUGCUAUAUCACUGACUCCGCAGAAACGGCCAGCCGAGGCUAGUUUCCGUCGGUACGUUUCCUUUUUCCUCGAGGAUAACCCCGAUGAGGCGUGUGCCAAGGCUGGACACGCAGCGUACGGUAGUGGUGUGAAGUACCGACCCGAUGCCGGCUCACCGAUCUACAGCGACGUUGGCGACUCGUACUUUAUGGCUUACCACACGAUCCUAAAAUCGUCGUCGGAUUACUACGAGGCACUGCGAUCGGCUCGCAAGAUAUCGGCAAACAUUACCAGUACGAUCCACGCCAAUCUGCGCCUGCAGGGCCGCAGCGAACCCGAGAUCCAACAGAUCGAAGUGUUUCCGUACUCGGUGUUUUACGUGUUCUACGAGCAGUACCUAACGAUGUGGCCGGACACGCUGCGGAGCAUGGGCAUCUCGGUGUUGGCCAUCUUUAUCGUUACCUUUUUGCUGAUGGGCUUCGACAUUCACUCGUCGCUGGUGGUCGUCAUUACGAUCACGAUGAUUGUGAUCAACAUCGGUGGACUGAUGUACCACUGGAGCAUCUCGCUGAACGCGGUCUCGCUGGUGAACCUGGUGAUGGCGGUCGGUAUCAGUGUCGAGUUUUGUUCCCAUCUGGUACACAGUUUCUCGAUGUCGGUGGAAGAGACGCGCGAGCAGCGGGCAGCCGAUGCGCUCACCAAGAUGGGCAGCUCGGUAUUCUCCGGCAUCACGCUCACGAAGUUUGGCGGGAUCCUUGUGCUAGGGUUCGCGCACAGCCAAAUCUUCCAGGUGUUCUACUUCCGCAUGUAUCUUGGAAUCGUACUGUACGGAGCCGCCCACGGGCUCGUGUUCCUGCCCGUCCUGCUUAGCUAUAUCGGCGCCCCUAUCAACAAGGUCAAACUGGCCAACCACCGUCGGCAAGCGAUGCAGGAAACCCAGGAAACGUCCCUUUCGACAACCCUGCACCGGGAUGAAAGAAUAUUUAUGUUUGAACGAAUAGAGGCCGAUAUACACGGCGUGAUGCAUCGCCGAAGACGUUUCAGUAACGGUGUCACCAACCCGUCACACCACACCAGUGUUGAUGCGAUCGAUGAGGAGCAGAAUCCGGAGCAAAAAACACCGUACCAUAACCGACAAUCCGCCGAAGAUGAUGAUGACGACGACGACGACCACGACUACAGAAACCAUACCGCCUACCGACAACAGCAGGACCAACAGCAACCGCAGCAGCAUCAAUCGCGUUAUUCUUCGAUUCAGCAGGAGCACGAACGAGACCACUGGCCGCCAGCAGCGGCUAACGGAGCAAACUACUCCGGAACACGUUCCCCCCAAAGCCAACAGCAGCAGCCGCACCGAACCAUUCUCGACGUCCACGUCCGGCACGUUCCUCCGGGCGAGGAUAGAGAGGAACUUACCGAGCCUCUUUUGCAGCAAGCAUCCACCAGCAAGCAGUGCCCCACGGGCGGAUCUCUAAGGCGGCCAUCGAAUGGCUCACCACCGCACCAAGCAAACGUCGAUCGCACCACGGCGAAGCCAUCACCACCGCCGGCACAGCAAGAAACGAAGCCGACGCCAACACCAACUGGUGGACCAUUGAAACUAUCGCCUACCUCAUCCAUAUCGUCCUCGUCGUUGUCAUCGAAGGCCUCUAAAGCGUCCAAAACUUCCAAUCGGCACCGGCUACGCAAGAGCCGCUCGAAAGAUGCCCAAACGGAGAUAGAACAUCCGAAGGCACCGCUGGUGGUGGCGGAAGAUUCCGAAGAUCUCGACGACGAUGACGAUGACGAUGUUGACGAAGGUGGUCAAGAUGAGCGUGAGGUGAAGGUGAAGCAACAAAGAAGAAGUCACAGCGGUAGCCAUAUACCGUCACACGAAUCUACCACUGCCGAUGAUGCCGCGGAAGGGUGGCCGAGCCGUGGUGGCGAAACGGAGGACCAACGUACUCUGCACUCUUCGUCCUCCCGAUCGACGAUCGUCAAUCGUCGGCGGUAGGGGAAAGCGCCACGCGAAAGGCGUACUGUGCGCACAGCGUGUGAUGUGUUUGUGAUGUGAUGACAAAUCAGUGGCUGAGGGAGAGGGAUGAAAAGGGGAUGCUGGAGCGGCAAGUGCUGUGCUCCAAUCUAUGGUGAGGCCUAUAUACUAGUUCUGUGGCUCGUGAGUGUCACGUAACGAGCGUUAAAUUAUACACACGGACGCGCGCGCUUUCCACUCGGCACGUACACUGUUGCCAUUCGAGAGGAAAAUGAAACUAUUUUUCGAAAAUCUGUUUUUGCCUGUCCCACUCUAUGAGCUUCGGGAAUGGGGCCCCAUAAUCGAUAGUUGCAGGAAAGAUCGUCAGUCGACUGAAAGUAAGGACCGGAGAACAGAUGGAUGCGAUCAAGAAGCCGCAAUCGCUCCCAACCUGUUGUGUGUGCCUCUGGGGACGGCAGCAGGUUGACAUUGUAAAAAUACAUUUAAGACUUUCUGUUCAACAAGAUCACAUACACGGGAGAGGGUUCUCUCGCGGAAGCCAAAUUCCUAUACUCGGCAAAGGCUUCGGAACGGCGAUGAGAUGAGUACAACUAUUGUCCGAGAAGGUAUGGCGUGGUCCAGUAGAACUGCGCGCGCGGGUUUAUUGUGUGCAUGAAUGUAUACAUAUGUGUCCAGAUGAAUAUUCCUAAUAAUCGUACAUAAUAUCGCCGUUCGUGAACUGUGGCCACUGUAAUGAUGGAAAGUGUUGAAGUAAAGCAAAAUAGAAAAGGGUAAACUUAGGAGACAAAUGAUGAUCGUAAGGAAAGGUGAAUAGAAAUUAAGGGAUAGCAACGCGAGAUGGCUCCAACCAAUCGCAAGUAUUGUUGUGUUGUUUGUUUUAGCUACCGAAGGCCGCAGAGUGAGCGAUAGAAGAACCGCUGAAGUCAACGAAAUCAAAAGUUCUCUAGACAAUGAAGAAACGACAGACAGAUACAGGGCCGAUAUUAUGUAGGAAAUGUAUUACAGAUCGUUGAGUGGUUGCUGAAGUUGUUGGUUGUUGAUUUUGACACUAUACGCUAGUAGAGGGGCGAGCUUCUUCGCGGGGACAAAAACGGCGGAACGAUCGGAUCUUGUGCGCGAGUAACUGACAAGGAACGAGCAAAACCAAACGAGAAACAUAGAUUGCGUGUGCGUACUUUCGGUACAAAUAAAUAUACGGCUAACAAUAUUUCUACACCAUCGUAAAUCGUAAGCAGGAAGCGAUGCAACGUGGAAGCAGAACAAACGGAGUGCAAUGUAUAGAAGUAAAGGAAGUAAAGGAAGUUUUGUAUCAAACAGCGACCGACCGGGUGGAGUACAGGUGAAACGGAUGUUGCAAUUCUCGAUUUGCAAAAACAAACAAAAAACACUUCAUACCAAAUGUAGCGAGGCGUGAUAAGUGAUGGCAGUGCUCGGGAGGACUUUUGUAGGUCUUUUUGUCCCGUUUAAAUACGUUUAGGUCAUCGUUUCGCUCAUCGACAUCAUCCCCAUCCAUGCAAACUGUUGUUUGAUGCGUUCACUCCCUACGAGCGCUCCAAACACGCUGGUGUUACUAUCUUUCCUAGCCCGAAAGUGAAGUACUUUUGCGGUGCCUUGCAUGCUGAAGCAGCACUUCCUACACCACGGUACGGAGCUAUAGUUAAGAAACGUUCGCCACGGAGGAAAGAAUUGCAUAAAAAGGGCGCCACUCCAAUCGGAGACACGCUGGUGUUGUUCGUUUUCGUUUCGAAUUUAACAGUUGCACGAUGCUGCUCAACAGUUGCACUCGCACGCAGCAUUCGGUUAAGGUCCGGUAGCUUCUUGUGAUUCCAUUGAAAACUAACUAAAAGUAUUCUCUAGCGCGGCCAGGUUUUCAGCCCACCCGUCGAUAGAUAGAAAUGCGUUAAUGCAGCAAGUAAUGUGUGAGAGCCCUCGGAUCCAUUAUUCGUUGCGACUUUAUUGAUAGAAACGUGUGCGAUGGGAUUAGCUAUGGGUUAAAGCACCGAAAGAGUCUGCGUUUUAUCUUCGAUUCCAUUGGGCGCGGGUAUGUUUUGAGUAUUCUAUCCCUUCGUUAGCUGUAUUCUCUACGCUGCCGUUACCAUGGUAACGAGCGGUUGUUGCUAGGAGUGCGCCGCUAGUACGUCUCAUAUUUUUAUCGUUAGGUUUAGUAAUUAUUAUUGUGAUUAUCGUCCUUAUAGCAAACCCCGCUAACUAGGUCUUAUGGCAAAAACUCAAGCGAGACGAGGACACAGCUCUUGAAGGAAGUUGAACCGAGCCGUGCAGUCGUGUAGUGUAAAAAAUGGUCCGCCGCCGAUGGAAACGAUGUGUAGCUAGAAUUUAUUGCAGAUUGCUAGAUAACGAAGGAAUGGUUUUUGUAGGAAAAUGAUUUUACUGUGGGCUGCGGAAGCCGCCCUCCACCGGCCACGUGUGGCAAUAGCCGGUUCCCUGCACUUGUUGUGUACCCGGCUCGAGGUUGUUUUUUUCCGAGCUGUGCCGCUACAUUCGCAUUAAAAACCAAACUUGUAUUACAUUUGCUUUGCCCCCAUCGUGAAUCGGAACAUUACGGUUGUUAAAAAUUGCGGCAAGGUUGAUCGCUUCGCACCGCCAUGGGGCACUUAUACUUUUCCAAAGCGGCCGACGCUUUCCUUUUCGGGAGUGGUUACAAUGUUUUGUUUAGGAAGAAAACGAACAGAUGGAAAGCUGGACAUUCUAAACCGGGAUCGGGGUGAAAAUGUGAACUAAUAGGACAAAUGAAACAAAC